AAAAUAGCUACGUCUCACCCAUCGUCUGUGCGGUCGGUGGGUGGCGCUGCUGCUGUUGCUGCUGCUGCUGCUGCUGCUUGCUCUCUCUCUCCCUCUUUCUCUCCCUCUAUCUCUCACUCUCUUUUCCCCCUUCCCGUUUGUUCCUGGACUAUAUAAAGGAUUAGGGUCAUUUUUCCUGGAGGAAGCGGCCCUUACCUCUUAGGCUUAGCGCGGUUUGCCCAAACAGAAGCCCUUUCCGGCCCUCAGGAUGAUGUUCGUGGCUUGGAUUGCGGCACUUUGCGUGGCAGUCUCGCACGGCCUGCCUUCGUCAGGAGGUGUCGGAAGUCGGGAGCUGGGAAGAAUCGGCAGUAGGUACUACAAGAAUAACUUCAACCAGGGACGGAAAGGCUCUGAACUACUGAACCGCGACCAACAGCAGCAUCAGGGAAACCUGGCCCGCAACGCCAUCUGGACCGGGCGGGCAGGGUCAAAGGAUGACGCCUUCAGACGCAAUGAUCAACAGUUCCGCGACCAGGCAGCCGCGCGCCGCCAGAACUACGCCAACAACAACAAAAACUUUGGCAACAUCGUGCAGCAGAUUCGUGACGAGGGUCUCAGGAACGCCUACAAGAUAAACGAUGCGGCAAAGUACAGCCGGAACGACCAGGAGCAGGCAAACGGUUUCAACGCCGCCAAUGCCAGGAAGAACGCCUUCGACAGGGGGAACAACCUGGAGGACAACAUCAACUACCGCUUCAACAAACGCUUCAACAAGCAGAGCAGCGAGAACGGAGGCUUCGAGGACGAGAACGGACGCCGAUUCAGCAAGCUGGACCUCAUCGAUGAGAGAGAGAAGGACGAAGCUUUGAGGAGGAAAGACAACGCCGUCUCCAGAAGACAGAACGACCAGCAGCAGGCCAUCAAGGAGGCUGACUGGAGGGCCAACGCUAACCAAGCCAAGGCGAAGGCUGGUCAGUACGGGUUCGGUGACCGGAGACUGGAGGCCGCGGGUGAAAGGUCAGACGACAGAGCUAUCGACUACAACAGGAAAGACAACCAGUUCAGGGAGAACGAAGAAGGUAUUGAUUCUGCCAUCCGACUGGCUAAAGAUCUGGCCGAGCAGGCUGCUGGGUACAGGAACGAGGCUGGAGCCAAUGCUGACUCUGCUAGAAAUGUCAAGGACGCUAAGUUCUACGGCGGUGAGCAGACCGGUCCAGGUGGCGUGCGGGUGGGUCCUGAUGGUGCUUAUGGUGUCGGAAGCGGUGGGCCUAAGAGCAGGAAUGAGGGCAGCGGUGGUCGCAUCAAGUCUGGUUUUGCUGAGAACGCUGACCAGCGGGAGAGAGGUGAGGAGCUGGCUAGGGCUACCGCGCUGAGCGCCGCUGACGCCAGGAACGAGUACCAGAGACUCAAGGAUCGCGUGGUCUACGACGAGGUCAAGGGCUUGAAGGACCGCGCAUCGGGCGCCUUCAGACAGGGUCUCUCCGACACCGCCAACCAAGGCUUCAGCAGGAACGCUGCGGAGGCCGCCAAACACGCUGCGGAGAGCGACAAGAGUUUCGCCGGCGCUGCUUCCGCCUCGGAGUUCGCGGCCAAGCAGAAGGCUGUGAACGAGGCUCUCAGAGACCGGGACUACUUCUUGAAGAAGCGCAAUGACGAGAACGAGACCUUCACCAGAAGGAAACAGUUCUUCCACAACAAGAAAGAGGGCGGGGCCAACGACGAGGAGCUCAAAUACAACCGCAACAAGAAAGCGCGCGAGUUCGGAGCCGCCGAGGAAGCCGAUCUGGCCAAAAAGAACCAGUUCGCCAAGUCCAACCACGACGCCAAGGUCGCUGCCAACGAGAGGAACUUUGAGGAUUCCGUCAGCAGACGCGCACAGCUGCAAAACGAGCAGGAGGACAAGGUUAAGGAGGCCAACGGUUUCGGAAACCGAGUGGAGCAAGAGGCAGCCCGGGCUGGAUCAAACGGCAACGCUUACGAACGUCGUAACAACCACCAGACAGCCGACGACAGCCGUUCAGAGGAGUUCCAGAGGAAACAGGCAUUGUGGGACGGCGCCCAGGCCAGGCUCAUCAACGACAAAGACGCCGGUCAACACGCACGGAACACACAGGCGGAAGUGGCCACUCACACGACCGGCGGAAGUGGACCGUUCGGGAACAUCAACUCUCGUGAGAUUGUCGGGCAGGACGUGUUCGCUCCGGGCGGUAUCACCAAACAGAAAACGGCCAAGAGAAUCCCAGACAUCAACGUGGACAUCGGGCCGAUCACACAGCCCAUCAAGAUCGAGCCACCCAAGAGACGUAUCCAGAUCCCCAACCUCCCCGCCGUGCAGCCCGUCAAAGCCUACCAGCCGCCCAAGUACAACAAGAAGGAGGUGGACUACAGCACCAAGAUCGGACAACCUUCCCGCUCUAGGAGCAGAGACCAAGGCCUGCUGUACAACGUGGGCUUCCAGCGGAUCGGCUCCGGAUUGUUCAACCGACCUGGCGCGUUUUCCAGAAUCAGCACCAACAUCCUGCCUGGUCAGGGUGGCAGGAGAGCGGCUACCAGCGCCUUCAAGAAACCUGGUCUCACCUUCGGCAGUCGCGGCAGAUCUCACCUCGGCAGUCUAAAUCACGGCGUCUUCCGCCGGUUUUAGAUCUUCUUAACAUCCUAACUACUAUUUUGAAAUUACUGACUUCAUUGCAAAUAAAAAUUCAGUUUAUCUUUACUGUUCCCCCACAAAGAAGGUCCUUCUGGAAAGACGUUAUUUUUCGAAACACAAGUAAGAUUGCUUGUUUCGACCAUACAAAACGUGAAAAAAUCUUCCUUUAUAUUUUCGCUGACAAGUCUUUCUGUUUUACUCCAGCUUCUUUGUGCUACUUACCCCCUACUUUUCGAAUUCAUGAAAUAUAAUAUGCAUUCAAUUUGAACUCAUAACAUAGCAGAUACUAUCCCUAUUGGCCACGCAAUUCUUCCAUGAAGUAUGUACAUGACCAAUAGAGAUUGCUAAACUAACAAUGUUUACACCUGCUUGUUUCACUUACUGUAUCAAUAUCUUUGAAACCUGAUAUAAAAUUAACCUGCAUCUAUCCCCGUAAAAACGGAUCAAAUAUUAUUUGUAAUGUUUUAUGAUGACAUACUCCGAGUAAAGGCCGUUCCAGUGAGUAUCCUGCAGUUUUUUGGCUGUUGCCUGACACGUUGAGAGUUUGGUCUCUGCGAAUACAUUCUGUACAGAUGGAGAGGCCGAGAGAGGCGAGCUGUACCUUUUAUUGUCACUUGUGUCUAUUAAUAGCAUUUGUAAGGGACGAUAAGAUUUCUUUUGUCUGUCAUCAUUGUGGUUCGCAUGUUGUAUAAUAAACACUUCGUUAUACUCCCGA